GUCUCUCCCUUCAAAGUAAAACAAAAUCGAGAAAUUGUUCGUUAUCAAGAUCAGACCCAAUCCUUCAUUUAUAGAAACCCUAGCCAUCCCUCUCUCUUGCUCUCUGCAAUUGCAUAAUCAUUAUCUUUUCGAAGCCUAUAUAUUUCUCUCCCUGUCGAGCCAUCUGAUCCCUCUCUUUCUGCCUCUUCGUCGCCGUUUCUCGCGACCUUAGGCCGUUUCGCCCGCUCCGAUCUCCGUCUUCCGGAUUCUAUCAGCUUUCGUUUUCCCCGAUGGAUGAGGGAAAAUUCGAUCUGCCGGAUGAUCUCCUAUCUUCCAAAAUCGACUCUGACCACUCCCCCAAAGAUCAACCAACUUCGGAGAGCGGCAUACCUUUGUCCCCUCAAUGGCUUUACUCUAAAGUGGUUGAUCCUAAGAUGUUACCUGCUGGAGUGUCUGCGGAUAUAAAAUCACCGAAUUUGUUGCCCCAUGGAGCCUCUGGUGAUCCCAAUCUGAAAGAUAGUUGGCGUUUAGAUGGUUCUCAGGACAAGAAAGAAUGGAGGAGGGCUGCACCUGAACUUGAAAACAGUCGCCACUGGCGUGAAGAGGAGAGAGAAACUAGCUUACUUGGCCGAAGGGAUAGCAGAAAAGAAGACUGGCGCCCUGAUAUCUCUUCAAGUAUGGAUGCUUCUGAAAAUAGGAAUGUUUCUUCUGAGCGAUGGCAAGAUGUUAGUAGUCGUGGUUCAGGGCUUGAAUCUCGAAGAGAGAACAAGUGGUCUUCAAGAUGGGGUCUUGAAGACAAAGAAAAGGAUUCUCGAAACGAAAAGAGGACAGAUGCGAAGAAGGAAGAUGCCCCUUCCGAGAAACUAUCUUUUGCUAGUGGGGGGCGCCUAGCUUCUGAGCGUGAGAAUGAUUCUCGUGAUAAAUGGAGGCCACGUCAUCGUUUGGAAGGUCAUGCUGGUAGGUCUGCUUCUUACCGCAGUGCUCCAGGAUUCGGUUUGGAGAGGGGACGAGUGGAGAGAUCACAUGUGGGUUUUACAGCAGGACGAGGGAAGCCGCAACCUGUUUCUGUUACUGGAGCUCUUCCAGGGGAUAAAAACAAGACUUUUAAUGCAUAUUGCUACCCAAGAGGAAAACUCCUUGACAUUUACCGCAAGCAAAAGACUGCUCCAAAUUUUGACACCCUGCCCGAUGAGAUGGAUCAUUCAUCAACGAUAACCCAAAAUCAUAUUGUUGAGCCUCUGGCUUUUGUUACUCCUGUCGCAGAGGAAGAGGCUGCCAUUGGAGAUAUAUGGAAAGGAAACACCACAAGCAGUGAUGUGAUUUGCGAUUCAUUUAGGGACACAAGUGAAGAAAAACAAUGUUUCUUGGUUAACAGGGAGGACAGUGUUGAAUCUGGUGAGAAGGCUUCCGUAAACAAUAAUUAUCAAGGGAAUCAUGCUGAGACAUUUAAUUUGUCAGAUUCACAGAUGACUAUGAAGAAAGAAAUAAAUAGUUCAAAGGAAGGUGGACAAAAAUAUAUGACACCAUCUGGUAUUGAUGUAACCAAUGCUUUCGGGUCAAAUGAGGAUAUCGAUGGUUCUGCAAGAUACAUGGAUGGAUUGAAAUCUUUUGAUAAUCGACCUGUAGCUGAUAUGAAAAUAGAAAAGGACUAUAGUGUGGAGGAAAAUGUAUCAUCUAUGCAAUUUGGAGUGGGAAGCGAGGUUUCUGAAGGCUCAAGCUCUCUAUUUGGUUUUCAGUCACUGCAGCCUACUCUCGAUUGUGACCAGAUAAAUUUUGAGGGCAAUAAGGAAGCACAUUCACUUGAAAGUACUGGCCCUCCCGAAGAAUUGAGUUUAUUCUAUCUUGAUCCUCAAGGGGUAAUUCAGGGACCAUAUAUGGGGAUUGACAUAAUUUCAUGGUUUGAGCAAGGCUAUUUUGGUACAGACUUACCUAUUCGAUUGGAAAAUGCUCCUGAUGAAUUGCCUUUCCAAGAACUUGGUGAAGUGAUGCCUCACCUAAGGAUGAAUUCUGGUUCAGCCUCCAGUGGCAGUGCAGUUGCAAGAUUGCAGAUACCUGAUUGUUUUGAAGGGAUCUCGGAAGAGACCAUAUUUUCUGCUUCUAAUCCUGCUACAGAACUGAAGGGAUCUGCCAUUGGACAUAAGCAGCAGCAGUUUUUGUCUGCUUUUGAGACUCCUGAUGCUAAUUUUCAGUCAAAAGGGCUUUCUCAAAAUUAUCAUUCUGAGCACCAGUAUUAUGAAGAUGAAAAGCUCCAUAAAUUUGCUGCUGCUCAUGCAGAUGGUAAGUUUAACGGAAAUUAUCUUGAGAGAAGGCCUGGAAAUGCUGGGGCUGAGCCUUUGAAAGUUUCUGUUGAAAUUCAAGAUCCUUUUGGCAAUCCUUCAAGCCAUCUGCCCAUUGCAAAUGAAUUUUCAAAAACCAAUUUACCUUCUCAUCGUGGUGAUGCGUUACUUCCUGAUGCUUGGCCUGAUGCUUAUAGAAGAAAUGCUGUGUAUAAUCCUAACAUCCGUGUAGGCAGUCCCUUAUCUCGCAGGGAACAAGAAUGCAAUGGUUUAGACUUACAGCACCUAAUGUCACAAAAGUUGCCCAGUGAAUCACAUCAUGAGGAAAAUCAUUUGUUUCAUUCCUUUUCACAUUCAGCUGGAUUUGGUGCUGAGCAAGUUCAUAGUUUUGAUCUGACGCAAAGCAAGAAUCUCGAUCACCAGCAAUCAAUACAUCUUUCAGCUCCACAUAUGGAACAUCUUUUGGAACUUCAAUUUGAACAGCAGCGGCAGCAGCAGCAGUUGGAACUUCAACGACAGCAGCAGCUUGAACUUCAGCGACAGCGGCAGCAGCAGCUUGAACUUCAGCGACAGCGGCAGCAGCAGCUUGAACUUCAGCGACAGCAGCAGCAGCAGCUUGAACUUCAGCGACAGCAGCAGCAGCAGCUUGAACUUCAGCGACGGCAGCAUCAGCUUGAACUUCAGCGGCGGCAGCAGCAGCUUCGUAACCAUCAAAUUAAGUUGUUGCAGCAACUGCAACAACAACAUCUACAACAGCAGCCUUCUCAAGCUCAGGAGUUGCUACUCAAUCAAUUGCUGCAACAUCAGGUUUCUGAUCCUGGUUAUGGCCAGCACAUAUUUGAUGCUGCUAGGGACAACCUGCUUGAUCAGGUUCAGUUAAAAAGGAAUCUUCUGAGUGAGUUGCAGCAAAAUUCUCAUGCUUCGAGGCAAUUGGAUUCAUCACUGGAGCAGAUUAUCCAAGCCAAUAUUAACCAGAGAGCAGUCCAAGAGCAUCAGCUUCAUCUUCAACGUGAGCAGUUUCAAGUAGAGCAAUUAUCUAGGGCUCUGAACCAACAAUUAGGUAUGGAGGGGGUAGACAACAUGCUGGUUCUUGGUCUGUUGAUGAAGUCGGUCAGGUUGUCAGGAAUCCUAGCAUUCAUGCCCAGGCUCAACGUGGGAUUGAAUGGUUCAGAUAUUCACCAGAAGAGGUUUUACUCUUCAGAAGAGCAGUUUAACAAUCUUAAAAGGAAUCAUGCUUUGCUUGAGCAACAGCAGCAAGGGGCUAUUGACAAUUUAAAUUCUCCAGAUCUAUCUGACCAUCUCUAUAUGCACUCUAACGACCGACUGGGAUCAUUUUCUUCUGGUAUCCAUUCUCUUGGCCGACAAUUUUCGGGUGAUGUGUAUACUUCUCAUCCAGAUUUAACAGAUAGCUACCAAUCUAGGCAAAAUGAGGAACUAGAAAAUAGUUGGGUGGAAAAACAAAUGCAACAAUUAAGUCUUGAAGCAGAUCUGCAAAGAAGGGGGUCUGAAGUUGAUUCAAGGACUUGGACAUCAGCUGGAGGGAUUCAUGAAAAAUCUAAGAAAGCUUUAAUGGACCUUCACCAAAAAUUUGGUGUCCAUUCCACACAGUCAUCGGAACUAGAUUAUCAAUAUUCUACCUCAUCUUCGAAUUUACCUUUUGAUCAUUUCACUGAUCAGGAAGUUCAUGUGAACAGCUCAUUUUCAGAAGGCCCUCAAAAUUCCGUCUCAUUUGCAGAACAGUCAUUCAAAUCGGUCUCUGGAGAUAUGUUUUCUAGUAGUUAUCCAGGUGCAGGGUUGAUGGAAAAAUCUGCCAUGGACAAAGAAUUAAUUGAAUUGAAGGGUAAGGAGAAGAGAAGUGGAUUGAAAGGAAAGAUUUCUAGGAGUGGUUCUGUGUCAGGGUCAGAGGACUGGGAGCAAGCAGAGGCAUCUUUGAUCUGUGGUGAUCUACAAGGUAGAACCCAUAUCCAGCAUGGUUCUUUUAGUGAUAAAGCUUCUCAGGUUCCAUCAUCCCAAAAUGUUUACUCGGAACAAAAUGCAGUGCUUAUGAAGCAGAAAAGCCUUGCAGCAUCUGAAGGGAGACAGGAAGGCAUGGCAAUGAAUGCAGGCGCAGGUGCGAAGAGGAGCACAGAAACUCAGGCAUCGGGCAAGAACAAUGCAGGUAUGAGAAGGACCUCAUCUUAUAACGAUGCGGCAGCGUCCGAGGCGUCAUCAUUCAUAGAUAUUCUUAAGAAGCCGGUUCAUCUUCAAGGAACCGAGGCAGCACCGUACGGCUCUGCUUUUGAGCCGUCAUCUGAUUCCGCUUCACAAGCUCCUCGAGCUGGCAAGAAAAAGGGGAAGAGGGGAAAACAGAUUGAUCCUGCCUUGCUGGGUUUCAAGGUUUCAAGCAACCGCAUUUUGAUGGGUGAGAUCCAACGCCCUGAUGAUUAAUUGUUCUCAUCUGCGCGUACCGUAUCGUGUUGUACAUUUCCCGUAAAAAAAAUUUCGUUUUGCUGUCUUUAGAUAAUUUUCAUUUCUGUACAGACUCAUAGUUGAUUGAUUGAUUUUUCGGUCUGAUCAAUUUUGGUA